AUGGGCUGCUCGGCAAGUCGUGCAGGGGCCAAGGUACAUCCAUCUGCCGUUGUGGUUCCUUCAGACACCGCUGCACCAUCACCAUUGCCGUCAUCGGGUUCUGCGCGGCCAGAUGCGACAAUCACUGCACCGCUUGAGGUCGGAGCACUGAGCAACCCAGAGCCCACAAUCAGGCCCGAGCCUGCCGGUGGAAAUGUCGAGAUUGCCCAUCAGGCCAUCCCAAGAGCAAAGCCCAAGGCAAAGCCCAUGACAUUGAUCAAGGCCAUAAAAGCAAACGACUUGCUGUCACUGGACGACCUCCUACAGUCACCAGAAUGCAAUUUGGAGGUUCUUGGAAUGUGGGACAAUACUCCCUUGCUCGCGGCUUGCAUGUAUGGGCAUUCCGAGGCUGCUCUCCAACUCAUCGCUCAUGGGGCCGACAUCUUCGCCAGGAACGAACACGGUGCAACGCCACUGCUCUAUGCCUCGGUCGAGGGCAGCGUUGAGGUGGCCGGCGCUUUGAUUCAGGCCGGUUGUCGGACCAUGCUUGCUGGUCAUUCCCGAUGGCACUUCGCUCGGCGCUCUCUACUACUACCACCGCGACCUGACCCCUACUAG